AUGGGAGGAGUUGAGGUUGAAGGUUCAUCGGAAGGGCUAGUGCACAUCCGAGAUGACUUCAGGAGUGCGAGAUUAGAAGGAGCGUCGGAGAGUUUAGAGCGUCCCAAAAGGCGCGUCAGAUCUUUGAGAAUGGUGACCAAGCUAUUCUGGGACAAGCGUUGCGACAUUGAUUGUUCGGAGGAUGACCAUUUACGAAUCGUAAAACGUGAAAUCCCACGUGUAAUGAAUAACGUGCCUUGGCGUUUUCCUGUACCAAUAUUGGGAAUGGAGGAUGACGAACAUGAUGACUUACAA